AUGCGCCUGCUGUCUGUGAUGAUCAUUCUUGCCUGCUGCAACGAUUUUGCCAACAGUGAUGACACGUUUGUUCCAGUCAAGAAUCAAGACAUAAAUUCCAUGGAGGAUAGUAACGUGAAACGCUAUCUUAAAGGUAGCACGACAAGCGUAACCGCAUCAAAUUUCGAAGAGAGAGUACCUCAUGUGGAUGCCACCGAUUUCAAGAUUGCAGAGAAGUUAACAACUUCUGAAAAGCUCAAGAGUAUAACAGCGACGGAAUCUGAAGUCAAUAAAGUAAAGAUUGUGGUACUCAAGGAUCCCGCAACAGAAUAUACGAAACUCGAGGCUUUGAAAAUUGUUGCGAAAGCACAAGUGAAGCCAGUAGCUAUCAUAGCUGCUGUCGCAAUAGUUGGUGGUUAUGUUGUUUAUCUGGUGAAGGAUUAA